AUGUCGGAACCCGCUGUCAAAAAACCAACUCCGCGUCGCAAUAUCCCGCCCGAGGAGGAUCUGCUACGUAUGCGUCAGAUGGUUGCGGUGUUGCAUAGACUGAAGGCCCAUUGGAAAGCAUCGGGCCUGUAUGCGGAGCAGGUGAGCUUUAUACGGAAUGAGAUUUUGCCGUUGGGGCAUUUGAUGGUUUCCACGGCGGUCUGUGUUGGGAUUAGGAAGAUGGAUGGGAGACGGGAGAGGGGAGAGGAGAGGAGGAAAGAAAAUGGAGAGGAGUGGAAUUUAGAUGUGGAGUAUGGUACGAAGGGAUUGAAGGGUUUGUGUCAGUUGGUUAUGUUUCAAUGCUGGGUGGAGAUUUUGAGAGAAGAUUUCGCACUUCCCGAUACCGCCAUAGCAUUUUAUUUUCCACGCGGGUUGAGCAGGAUCGAAGCACUCUUCAUGCAGGGACUGGGAUAUAAAAAGAACAUUGUGCGAUACUACCACGAAUUAAAGAAUGUGAUGACACCGAACACAUUUCUAUUUGCAACGAGUAAGCAUGUUAAAUUUUGGCACAAGGGAUUGUUAGAGUUGGCGGUGCCGGGCUUGAUGGUCAGCGUGCCGUUGCAGGUUAAUGGGUAUUGGGAGAACUAUGAUAGAGGCACUCGACGAGUAUUCAGACGCUUUCUGAACACGGUAAAGAGUCGCAAACUUGGACCCCUCGUCGACGUCACUUCGCUUUCCUCUACCGAGCUCACAAAUCUCAGAUGGAAACUGGACACUAGAGAAGCUACUGAAUUGCGCAUGAGUGAAAUAUCAAUGAAUUAUGAGUUCUACUGGCGACCUGAUCCGGAACCAGAAUCGACGGAAGGAAACGAGAAAGAGAUAGAAAAGCCAAUGUAUGGAUGGUAUACACCCACGGCCUGGCACAAACUACCCGGUCCAACUGGUAUCCCCGGUGAAAUUUACGAUAUGGAAGCUGUAGAGGAAAAACGGCGCGCGAAGAGUAAAUCAUGGUGGGGAUGGAUCGCACAGAAAGCACCAAUACCAGGGCUCCUUUUUCUUGAUAUCGUGUUGCGAGUCGUGAAAAUCCUUUUCGUCAAUGUAUUCUGGCCGGAUAAUCUCGGGACAGAGGGGGAGAGAUUGGGAAAGAUAGAAGCAAUCUGGGGUUCUAAGGAAGAUGAGGAUGGGAAGGUGUGGUAUUUGGUGGAGAGGAAGACGGAUACUGGGACGGAAUGGGGAUAUCAGCCAAGUAACACCUUGGGGCCGGGAGCUUGGGAAAUGGUGAUUGAUUAUCACUAUGCGUGUCCAGGGAGGAAGUGGGGAGAUGUGCAGUUGGGGUGGUGGGAAAUUGUGGCGGUGCUUAUUGACGUGUAUUGGAAUAAGAGUGAGGAUAAGAAGAAAUCUUGA